AUGCCAAAAAAAUCAAAGGAAGCUGCCCCCGAUAUUGAGCAUGGGGUCAGAACGAGGGGGAAAGCAACAAGAAUCACCCGGCAAACAAAGGUAGAUGAAGCUUAUGACAAGAGCCAAAGCUCCUCCAACAGCGAUGAUUCUGCACCAUUGGACGACAUGCCUCCACGGCCUUCUAGACUUGACAACAAGCGGUCCAGUCGCGAUGCAAAGGACACGAAGGCACGGGCAAAGAGUCACGCGAUUCAAGGUAACCGAGAUGCAGAGAAACUGCAAGUGGACUUUUCUUCGACAAAGAGCUCAAUGCUAUUACCGCUCGCUCUUUUGUUAGUCAUUGGCUUCCUAGGCUACUACUUCCAUUCCCAUCUCAACGAUGAUGGACAUUCAGGAGGUUCGAAGAGAAUGUCUCGGCACAUGUCCAGUGGCUUGGAUGACAGGAAGAAGAGCCGAGCUAACUUGCAGGCGAUGCUGGAGAAGGUGUUUCCGGGUCAUCAAGCAGUCGCAAAAGCAAUCAUGACUGAAGUUCUGGAUCGAAAUGUCCGAAAGAUGCAGUCAAAUGUUGUGGAGAAAGCACUUGUGCUGCAUUUCGCUGGCAACCCAGCAGAAUACAGCAAGAUGGAGAGUGUUGUCAUUGACUUCGUGCUUGGACAUCCUUAUCCAGCUGUUCUGCAUCUAGGAAGAAACUUGACUGACUGGGAUGACGUUCGGGAAGCGGUCUUCAAGCACUUGCUUCAGCAUCCCAGGUGUGUUGUCGUCUUGCACGAAGCGGAUCGCGCUCCUUUCGAGAGCCUCUACAACCUCGAGGACGCGUUUGAGAAUUCCGAAUUUGAAUUCGCAGGAGAAAGAGUUGAUUGCAGACAUGCGAUCUUCGUACUGCAGACCAGUUUUGUCAAGAAUCUCAAGGAUACAGUUUGCAGCGGAGAAGAAUGCACAUCAGAAAACAGGAAUGCAAUGGUGCACAAUGUCAAGAUGGCAUCUCAAAGCUUCUGGACAAGACAAGCCUUUGUCGCACGCAUUCGAGAUAUCGUGCCGUUUGUGUAA